UCAUCUUUCUUCUCGUAGUUGUUCAUCCCAUAUCACUCGCUUGCUGGGUUGCUACUCGAAACACUUCACUGUCGUUUUUACUACUACUACUACCUCUAUAUCUUAUUUAAUUCGAAUCUCUGGACAACCGUAUAUAUCCCUCGACAGUCAAAUCCAUCAAUAUGCGUUUCGCUACCUCCAUCCUGGCCCUCGCUGCCACCAUCGGCCUCGUCGCCGCGCAGGACAAGUGCGAUGCUCAGAACAUCGUCGACGCCUGCGUCGAAGGUUACCAAGCGCGCAUCGACGCGUGCAACAAGAAAGGCAACGACUUCAUCUGCCUGUGCGACGUGUACACCGACGUGCUCGUCUGCUACAACAACUGCCCGAACAGCAACGAGAAGCCGCCUGUCGCCAACACCGUCACCUCGUACUGCGGCGCCGCGGCUCCCCUGCGCGCCGCUGCUUCGGCCUCCAUGGCGUCGGUUGCCAGCGUUGCGGCCACCCAGAGCCAUGCUAUGACUUCGGCAACGAGCGCGAGCAAGACUGGUGGAAGUACUGAGAGUGCGGCGCCGAGUGCUACGCCGAGUAGCUUUGCUGGUGGUGCGGAGAAGAUGGCACCGGCGGGUGCGGCUGUUGUUGCGCUGUUGGGAGCUAUUGGACUGUUUUAGAUGGUGGGAGAGGGGUGUGUUAUAUCUAAUGUUGGGGGAUGAAUAUACAUAUUAUACAUG